UCUUUCUCUGCUACGUCACAGCAGAGCAGAGCGGAGGGAGCAGGACUACCCUGACGCUGACAGGAGGAAAGGAGCACUCCAGCCUGCCAGAAGCCGGCUGCUGCAUCUUGUCAGUGGACCUCUUGAAAAUCUUAUUGACAAUCACGAAGCUCUUUUUGUUUUCCACUUCACCCUCGUUGUGAGCCUGCCAAAACAGAGGAGGAUAUAAAGGAAUCCUGCUGCUUUGUAACUCUUGAGACCUUUUGGACUAUUCUUCAUCUUCUUACCGCUGUCAAUCAUUCAGCUGUGAUCUAUCGUUUUCUGGACACAGCUGUGCCUUUUACACUGGAGGUCAAGCGGAUUUCAGACUGGAUCAAAUGGACAGAGGACCAGAUCCAACAAACACUAAAACUCCAUUAAAAAAGACUUUGAACUACAUCAAAUGGAUUCUGGAGUAGAUCAGAGAAAACGGACUCAACCACUACUACUUUGAAAUCUGAACUCUCCAUUGUCAGGUUCAUUCCCUCUAACCUGCGUGGAUGUCAAAGCCAUCUUACUAACCUUUACUUAAGAAGACAAACAGACUUUGACUGCAGAUGUGGAGCAUCUGAGCUCGUACGAUCACAAUAUUCGUCACGUUGUGACCAAUGAGUAAGAAGUGGUGUUAAUGACUGUGUUCCCUAGUGGGGGUGACAAAUGGAUACCUCAUCACUGCUGACUCACCACUGGGCCAAAGAUGGCACGCUCCAUUGCCCUCACGUUGGUGAUAAAGCCUUUAGCUUUGAUUUCGUCUGGGAAAACAGAUAAUCAAUCGGAACAAAUGGAAGUGACAGUCUCUUAACUUGUCUCACUUGAUUUUCACUUCUGAACAUCUGAACAUCUGAAGACACGGCAGUAGCUGAUGACCUUUUUUUUAAAUUUUGCUCAAAGGUAAAAGGCCGGUCGUUUUACUCGUUCAUUGUCGAGAAAGAUUGAAGAAAAGUCAUUUCCUCGUAAUCCUUCGAGAGUGUAUCAACCGUGCGUUCACAAAUCCUGUGUCUCUGUUCUUCAAACAUUUUGCCCGUGCCCUUUUUUAAACAUCAAGGACAACAGCAUUGAUUGGUUUCCUCUUCAGCACUCGCCCUGCUCACUUCGUAGGACAGGUGAAAAUCAAACCAAGUUUAUUUGGACACAUCAGAACCAUUCACGCUUGGAUUGCAGUUACACUCAUCAUGGGAUAACUAUACGUUGAACUGAAGUGCUGAAGUAACCCCCUUGUUCAACAUGGUGGUGACUCGUCUGGAGCUGGAGCUACGCUACCAGGGCAAGAAGUUACGUGGCGUGACGUGGAAGUUGACUCGAUCAGAACAUGGUUUCCUACCAGAGAGCUCCUGGCUCAUCGCCGCCCAGGUUAUAGUGCCGUACCUGGUGUCGGGGCUCGGACUGGUCUCCGCCGGUAUUGUUAUGGACCUUAUACAACACUGGAAGGUGUUCAAGGUGAUAACAGAGGUGUUCAUCCUGGUGCCUGCGCUGGUUGGACUUAAAGGAAACCUGGAGAUGACCCUGGCUGCUCGCCUCUCCACCGCUGCCAACACAGGCCAAAUGGACGACCCUGCUAAACAAUGGACCAUGGUGUGCAGCAACCUGGCACUGAUACAGGUUCAGGCGACGGUGGUGGGCUUCCUCGCAGCAGUGGCAGCUGUGUGUUUAGGGUCGUUUUCUAGAGGGGGGGUUGAACUGGACCAGGCAGCCGUUCUCUGUGCUAGCAGCAUCACCACCGCCUUUGUCGCUGCUCUUUCCUUAGGCCUGGUGAUGAUCGGAGUGAUCAUCGGCUCCAGGAAGGUGGGGAUCAACCCGGACAACGUGGCCACCCCCAUCGCUGCCAGUCUGGGUGAUCUGAUCACCCUGUCCCUGCUGGCCGGGGUCAGCAGCACACUCUAUGAAUAUAAAGAUAUAUGGUACCUGUCCCCCCUGGUGUGUCUGGUCUUCCUGGCUCUGAUCCCAGUGUGGGUGGUGGUGGCCCGACAGAGCCCUCAGAUCAGGGAGGUUCUCCGCUCAGGGUGGCAGCCUGUUAUAGUAGCCAUGUCCAUUAGCAGUUUCGGAGGCCUUAUACUGGACAAGACAGUGAGUGAUCCCAACUUUAAGGGCAUGGCUGUCUUCACGCCCGUCAUCAACGGAGUGGGUGGUAACUUGGUGGCCAUCCAGGCCAGUAGGAUCUCAACCUACCUGCACUUCUGGAGCAUCCCGGGGGUGCUGCCCUACAAGAUGAGGCAGCACUGGCCCAAUCCCUGCAUCACCUUCUUCUCCUCAGGGGUGAAUUCCAAGUCAGCACGAGUGCUUCUGAUGCUGGUGAUCCCCGGUCACAUGGUCUUCCUCUACGCCAUCUCUCUGCUGCAGGGAGACGAGGUGCCGAUCUCUGUAGCCUUCACCGUCUGCUAUCUGUGUGCCGCUACGCUACAGGUGGCCAUCCUGCUUUAUUUUGCCGACCUCAUCAUCCGUGUGAUGUGGAGACGCAGUCUGGACCCCGACAACUUCUCCAUCCCCUACCUGACCGCUCUGGGGGACCUGUUGGGCACCGGCUUCCUGGCCCUCUGCUUCCGCGGCGUCUCGAUGGCUCAGAGCCUGGGUCUCUGAAUGUUCCCCCCUUUAACCCCUGAACUCUCAGCCAGCCACUGUCUCGUUGCACCAAUGUUGUUAAAUCUACCCAGAGAUGCUUUUGAUUGGACAAUAAAGCGUUUUCUGACGGUUAUCACCGGGCCAGUUCAUACCGAG